AUGGCUGGAAACAAGGCCGCUGUGGCCGCUUCCGGCGCCCAGCCCUCCAACACAGACACCCUCCGUCAACGUGCGGCGGUUGCCGACCCGUCCGUCACGACGCCCGCAGCUGUUGUCGAGACUGAUAACAAGAAGAACGUGGCCAGGAAGACCCAGUCGCCCUCCAUCUGGCAACUGAUUGGGGAUUGGGAGGUCGUCUGGGCCCCUAUUAUCUUCACAGCCGUCGCCCUCUUCACGCGCCUCUACAAAAUUGGCCUCUCGAACAUCGUCACCUGGGACGAGGCACAGCAACGCACGUUCUACUUCGAUGUGCACCCUCCUCUCGGCAAGCUUCUCGUCGGUUUGUCUGGCUACAUCGCGGGCUACAAUGGCACUUUUGAGUUUAAGUCGGGCGAGACUUUUCCGCCUGAGAUUGACUAUUGGACCAUGCGUGCUUUUAAUGCCAUGUUUGGUAUCUUCCUUGUUCCCAUGGCCUACUUCACCGCCCGCGAGCUGAAGUUCUCGCGCCCUGCUGUUUGGCUCGUCACCCUCAUGAUUCUGUGCGAGAACAGCUACACGACCAUCUCCCGCUUCAUCCUUCUUGACUCCAUGCUCCUGUGCGGCACUGUGUCGACGGUCCUGUGCUGGGCCAAGUUCCACCGCACCCAAGACAAGAGCUUCAGCCCGGAGUGGUUCUUCUGGCUGACCAUGACCGGUCUCAGCAUCGGCUGCGUCACUAGUGUCAAGCUUGUCGGCCUCUUCGUGACCGCCAUGGUUGGUCUGUACACCGCUGAGGACCUGUGGAACAAGUUUGGCGACAUCAAGAUCAAGCCGACUGUCCUCGCCGCACACGUCGCUGCGCGUGUUGGAGGACUGAUCGUCCUGCCCUUCCUUGUUUACCUGGCCAGCUUUUACGUCCACUUUGCUGUCCUGACCCGCACCGGCCCUGGCGAUGCGCAGAUGAGCUCUCUCUUCCAGGCCAACCUGGAGGGCACUGAGGUCGGCAAGAACAGCCCGCUCGAGGUUGCCUAUGGUUCGCGUGUGACCUUGAAGAAUAUGGGCUACGGUGGUGGUCUCCUGCACUCCCACGUCCAGACCUACCCCGAGGGCUCUGGCCAGCAGCAAAUCACCUGCUACCACCACAAGGAUUCCAACAACGACUGGUUCUUCUACCCGACCCGCGAGGAGCCCAACUGGGAGAACGACGAGGAGCCCAAGUUCAUUAGCGACAACACCGUCGUCCGCCUCAUCCACGCCCAGACCGGCCGCAACUUGCACUCGCACGAGAUUUCGGCUCCGGUCACCAAGGCCGACAAGGAAGUGUCCUGCUACGGCAACCUGACAGUUGGCGAUGCUAAGGACUAUUGGAAGAUUGAGGUUCUUGACGACGUCGCAUCGCGCGACCGGUCGAAGAUCCGCACCCUGACGACCUCGUUCCGCCUGAAGCACACUGUCAUGGGCUGCUACCUUCGCGCCGGCAACACCAACCUUCCCCAGUGGGGUUUCAGACAGAUCGAGGUUACGUGCGCCAAGGACACCAGCCCGAGAGACACCUAUACGCACUGGAAUGUCGAGGCCCACUGGAACGAGAAGCUGCCUGCUGGCAACCCCGGCGUCUACAAGUCGCCGUUCCUUCGUGACUUUGUCCACCUGAACGUGGCUAUGAUGACGAGCAACAAUGCUCUCGUUCCCGACCCGGACAAGCAGGACGACCUUGCCUCGCAGUGGUGGCAGUGGCCCAUCCUUAACGUCGGUCUGCGUAUGUGCGGCUGGGACGAUAAGAUCGUCAAGUACUUCCUGCUCGGCAACCCUCUUGUCUACUGGGGCUCGACGGCCGGCCUUGGUGUCUUUGCCGCUCUCGUUGCCUGGUACACCAUCCGGUGGCAGCGUGGCUACACCGAGCUGUCCCAGGAUGACAUUGACCACAUCCACUAUGCCGGUAUUUACCCGGUCAUUGGCUGGUUCCUGCACUAUCUGCCGUUCGUCAUCAUGGCUCGUGUCACUUAUGUGCAUCAUUACUACCCGGCUCUGUACUUUGCGGUGCUCACGUUCGGCUUCCUGACCGACUGGUUCCUCAAGAACCGCAUUGCGGCGAUCCGCUACGCGGCGUUUGGUGUCCUCUACGCGGCCACGAUCGGUCUCUACAUCUACUUCAUCCCCAUCUGCUGGGGUAUGGUCGGCCCCAACGCCCAGUACCGCUACAUGAAGUGGUUCGACACCUGGAGAAUCUCGGACUAA